CGGAGGCCGCCGAAGUGCGCUCGUUUCCCGGUCUGUCGCUUUUGGAGUGCCCCGAGCGAGAUUUAGAGAGGUCUACACCACCGGAGCGGUGUUUUUCUACACUCUGACUCCUCUUGGUGGCCCGCCACUCCGGCGCUUGCCCUUUGACCCUGCUGUGGCGGUGGGGUGAGAGGUCGGUGGCCAUCUUGUGGAGGCGGCGCGGGCGGCUGUUACUGCGGAGACCCAUCCCCUCCCCCUCCUGGCACCCCCGCUGUCUCUCAGUCUGUAAAGAGUCGUGCAAGCCGUCAGGUGAGGCCCCGGCCUCGUGCCGUCACUCUUCCCGCCGCUCUGGGCGGCCUAGGCCGCUCCUUGCCGGGCCUCACCGCCGCCACCAUGUCCUCCUUCUCCGAGUCCGCGUUAGAGAAGAAGCUCUCGGAGCUGAGCAACUCUCAGCAGAGCGUGCAGACCCUCUCCCUGUGGCUCAUCCACCACCGCAAGCACGCAGGACCCAUCGUCUCAGUGUGGCACCGUGAGCUCCGCAAAGCCAAAUCAAAUAGAAAGCUUACUUUUCUGUACUUAGCCAACGAUGUCAUCCAGAACAGUAAAAGGAAAGGACCUGAAUUCACUAGAGAAUUUGAAUCUGUCCUUGUGGAUGCUUUUUCUCAUGUUGCCAGAGAGGCAGAUGAAGGCUGUAAAAAACCUUUAGAAAGAUUGCUGAACAUCUGGCAAGAAAGAAGUGUGUAUGGCGGCGAGUUCAUACAGCAGCUGAAGCUGUCUAUGGAGGACUCCAAGAGCCCUCCCCCCAAAGCAACGGAGGAGAAGAAAUCUCUGAAGCGAACUUUUCAGCAGAUACAAGAGGAAGAGGAUGACGACUAUCCUGGAAGCUACUCUCCCCAAGAUCCUUCUGCAGGACCCCUCUUGACCGAGGAACUAAUCAAGGCUUUGCAGGACCUGGAAAAUGCUGCAUCAGGAGAUGCUACUGUCCGACAGAAAAUUGCUUCUUUACCCCAGGAAGUACAAGACGUUUCUCUUUUGGAAAAAAUAACAGACAAAGAGGCAGCUGAACGUCUUUCAAAAACAGUAGAUGAAGCGUGUCUGUUACUAGCUGAAUAUAACGGGCGCCUGGCGGCAGAACUGGAAGACCGACGCCAGCUGGCUCGGAUGUUGGUGGAGUACACCCAGAACCAGAAAGAUGUUUUGUCAGAAAAGGAGAAAAAACUAGAAGAGUAUAAACAGAAGCUUGCUCGGGUAACCCAGGUCCGCAAGGAGCUGAAGUCCCAUAUUCAGAGUUUGCCAGACCUCUCCUUGCUGCCCAACGUCACAGGGGGCUUGGCCCCCCUGCCCUCUGCUGGUGACCUGUUUUCAACUGACUAGGGCAGGUGUUGUGCCCCAGAUUCCCAUCUCUACCAGCAGAACGAAGAGGGAAAGUCAUGGUUGGAAGUAACCUAGUAGCCCCCGAUUCUGUCCCUCCUUCCACUUGGCCCCCCAGCCUCAAGAAAGAACCACAGACUGACUCCUCUCCGGCCUCUCCUGUUGAGCACAAUUCAGAACAGUGGCGAGUGGAAUCCAAUUUAGAUUUAUAUUUGGAAAGAAUACAAACUGUCACACUUCAUGUUUCCAUGCCCCUGUUGGUUUCCAUUCUUAGCUCUCUCUUUACACCUAAGAAGUUAUGAAAAUCAUGUGUACUCCUGUAAGCUUUCAGAAGAAUCUUAUCCCUCAUGACAGCAUUGUGUUGUGAAAGCAGCUUCUCCUUUCUGAGCUGGGCUUGUUCAAGUUCAGUACAAACAAGCUUCCACUGAGGGGCUUAGUCUGGAGUCAUUGGCUUUCCUGGCUGCCGUUCACCCCAAAGGUUGGAGGCACGACUGUGGAACAGCUUCGCCAUAAAGAGUUUGCCAAAUCUCUGAGUCUCUCUUCCCAUGCAUGGCUUCUAGCAGUGCGCCGUCAGAGGUCAGGUGCAUUUGUUCUCUCAGCAGACUAGAGACUCUAGCAGUAAGAUUCAAAGCUGAUCUGGGACAUGAAGUCCCAGUUCAGAGACAGACUAACGGGGAUAAGUUACUUGCUCUAGGUUCCCACCAGUAACCUUUCCAGGCUGCACUUCUCAACAGUCCCACUGCCAGAGAGCAUGUUCCUAGAAACAUGAUCUUUGCUUCAAUUGGUUGUGAAGGUAGGUGUUAGAAAUGGCACUGGUGGACCCCAAAAUCUAUAGGCAUACUGGGUGUCUGGGCUCUGCGUGGAAAUUGUUUUGAGCCUUUAUUUUGGGGAGUAGGGCACACACUAACAUUUAAUGCACUGCGUGGGUACAUGUGCACAGCAUGGUGACUGAGCUUGAAUAUCUCCCCUGCAGAUGUGACACGCUGUGCAUGUUUGUCUGUCUUUCAGUUCACACCACUGCACGUGUCCAUGUGCCCCCAGGAGGAGGCAUAUUUUGCAUCGGAUGUUAUUGAAUAGCUCAUCUCCGGAAGGGGGAAAGUGAGGGGUAUUAAUUGGGGAUUUUAAUUCCAUUAUCAUGCCAGCUGACAUUAUGACUAUAUAAUGUAGUUAGAAUUUUUAUCUUGCUUUUAGUAAAGAUUAGGUCUGCUGACUGUAAAUCAUUCUAAUUUGGCAGGCUUAUUUUUGACAUUGGAAAGGGCAGAAAACAAUUUGCCCCAAUAGUGUAAUAGGAAUUAUAGCCCAGAGGCUGAAAUCCAAAAGCUGUAAAAAGGAAUUCAGUGGAGGGGGCUUCAGAAUCCCCAUUAUUUUGAGUUGCUGUAUUCAGGAUUACCAAAAAGCCAAUUACAUGUAAUUUUACAUGUUCAGCGUGUUAGAACAUAACCUCUGUUUUAAAAAGCGUAGCAGGCUUCCCUUCAAGAAGCUCUCCUGCCUGCCAUGAAAUAAAAAUGAUGAAAAGUCAUAGCAGGUAUGCAGUUUAACUGUGUAGAAUCUAGUAGCAUUUAAGCUAUUUUUCAGAUUGAAUAUGGACUGUGUGUUUGCAUAUUGACACUGCCUGUUGUCCUGUAAUUAUUAAAUUAAUGCGUCUAUAUAGUUGUUCUCCCAGAGGCCGUAGGGCAGUAAAUUACCAAAACUGCAAAAUAAAUUCCAGUCUUUGCUGUUUCUGCACAUAAGCCCCCUCCCCACAUGAUGUGCUGCUUUAGUCCUGCAUAUGAGCUUGCUUCUCAACAGACCCAUCUUGGACAUUCUCUAUGCUUUCUUUUACCAGGGAAGCCAAAUCCAGCCAUAAACCACCAAAAAGGUGUGGUAGACAUUUGCUCUGAUCAGCUAGAUGAAAGUGUUACAGUGGAUUUCGCUCACUGCUGUGUUUUAUCUGAUUGAGUCUUUGACCAGCAAUUGGUGCAUAAUUACUAUAGCAAGGGCAAGAAAUGAAACCGUAGCAAUUAUGUAAAUGAAUGUGUUGGCCUCGUAACACCUGUUACUAGUAGACUUCCUGUGAGGAAGUUAGUUCUUUUUUUUUGUUUGUUUUUCAAUGAAAUGCUUUUGUUUUGAAUCUUAAUUCUCCAGCAUCCUCCCCAAGUGUGCUUAUUACUUCAUUUGUUUAAUUUAAAUGACCCUUUCUCCUUGUAUGUAUGAGGUGAUCUGGCGGGGUGGGGUAGGUGGUUGUUUUGUGUUUUCCUUACCUAUAGGGCAUCCAUCGGCCUCAGAGACCUUUCCUUUAGGUCAUAUUCCUCAGAAAGUCUUCAAUCUUCUUUUUGUUUUUUGUUUUUGUUUUUUUCUUAAAGAAUAUUUUUAAAGCUUAAAUUUGUAUAUUAAUUUAGGACUUUAUUUAGAAGUAUAGGCUGCCAUUGGUGGUAGCAGUAUAUUCUGAAAUGUCUCAUAGAUAUAUAUUUUUGAAUAAAGAUGGUGUUGUUGAACGACA